CAUGGAAUAACCAAAUUAUAAAAGUGUUGCAGAAUACUAAGCACACCUUUACCAAAAGAAUGUUGCUUAUCAGAUUGAAUAAUUCCUUUGCCAAAAAUUAGGUUAGGAAGCAGAAUUGAAUCUGUAAUGCACUUUUUCAAGAAUACCUGUAACAAUUCCUAUACGACAUCAAAAUGUGGCCAGUAUCAAAUGCAUAUUUGAACUAGAAUUAUGGCUUCAAUUUUUUGAAAGCAAGCUGAAGUAAGUAUUAUAGAAUUAUUUUACAAGAAAUUAAAAUAAUUUCAGUUGUCCAGGAUGCAAAUAAUAUGUGUACUUUUAAGAUUUCGGGAUAGACUUCACUUUAUAUCAUAUAUUAACAGCAAAAAAGAAAUUAGAAUAAGGAGGUUAAAAAUUAUUAUCAGAAAAAGUAAUCUAUACAUUCAAUAAUGGAAAAACANUUAUAAAUUAAUUUGAAUUAUAGAAUAUCCUAUACAAGUAAAAUCCUUAAUCAAUAUUUCUCUUAAUCUUUGUAAAAGUAGACAUCAUUAUAAUAAACUAUGAUAAUAUCUUAUUCAUUUUCUCAUUUUUCAAUAUUUUUUUGUUUUCCUUUAUUUUUAAGUAUCAUUGA